AUGCUCUUUAUUACUUACCCGCAAUUAGUAUUAUCAAUAAAUUAUUGUAAUAGUGAAUAACUAUUUUCGUGCUUUCUAGCAGUUAAUAUUAUCAAUAAAUAAUCGUUAUAUCGUAUAAUGUUCGUUAUUUGGAAAAUGUCUAUUGCUACUUUAGUGCAGUAAAAUGAAUUGACCAGAUGCACUGUUGUUAAGUGCUAGACCGUGAAAUUGUAACAUGGAUUAAAGCUUGUGAGAGUGAUAGUUACAUUGUAAUCGUGACAGGCGUUCAUCUUUAAAACGCUGGCAAUUUUAGUUUCUUUUUUUUUUAUCAUGAAGAGUGUGAACAUGGAUUUAUAAUGUCAUGUAACCAUUGUGGAGUAUAUACUGUACAUGGCAUGUGUCUUAAUAUCUUUCAUAUGAUCCAAAUUUAGCACAUAAAAAAAAUUGUGCUGAUAAUUAUGUUAAAAAUUUUGUAAAAAAUGAAGAAACAUUGAAUUUUUCGAACAGACAGUCCUAAUUUUGGAAAUUUUUAUUGUCACUUUAAAAAAAAAAAUAAGAUAGUUACCUAAAAAUUUAAGAUUUAAGCUGUGUAAGAGAUAAUGAUGAGAUAAAUGAGAGAAAAAAAAUCAUAUUUUCGCAUUUAGGAUGUUGUUUUAUUGCUUUUUCUUAUGAAAUUAUCUCUUACUUGUUGUUUUGAAAUAUAAUGGUUAGGUUCACUGUUUUGAGGAAAAUUAAUGCAAACCAAAAAAAAAAAAAAAAAUGUACAUAUGUAUAAUUAUCAUAAGUUACUUAUUUUACAAAUGAUUUUAUAAAAGUGUUUUAAUAAUUUCUUAAGUACAUAAGAUAGAUAGAUUGAUGGAAUUUUAAAUAGAAAUUCUAUGUUAUUUAUCAUUCUGUAUCAAGAAACUUCAAUAUCAGAAACAGACCAGAUAUUGAUUAAUUGGAUUCUCUCUCGGAAAUCUGUAUUUACAGUAUGGUAUAUACAUACACUUGUAAUACCAUUUUGGAAACAUUUUUAUUUAUACACAUAAUAUUACUUUCUUUUUAUAAGUUUUUAAGACUUUUUUACUAGUAAUGUAGAAUCGUUCUGACAGAAGAAAACAAACUUAUUUAUAAAAUUUACAAUCAAAGUACAUAGUAGAAACUAUUAUUUGUUAUAAAGUACUCUUUUUUUUUUUUUUCGAAAAAUUUUUGUUAAUGUUUUGGGGUAGAUCUGGAAUUUUCAGUUUGUGUGUCAUGCAUUUUGUAGUGCUGCGGAGUGAAUCAGAAUCAGGGUGCAGUCUGUCUGUACUUAUAUAACUCACUUUGCUCGUUACUUUCAGCAGAAUUAAUAAUUUUCUUGUUGUCCUACCGGAUCUUUGGAAUGGAUUAAAAUUUUUGUUGUGCUUUCGAUAGAGGAAAAGGAUUUUACCAAAGGAAUGUAAUUUUAACAAAGUUAGGAAACAGAAGAAAAAAAAUAACAGUAUGAUUAUUGCAUGACUUUUUAUGGGAUUUUAAGUUUUAACUGAAAAAAAGUAAUAAGUGUGAAAAUAAUGGAUGAGUUUGAUAUUGAUGCUGAGUAUGAAAAAUACAUGGCUUCAGAGCCGGGUGCCGGUUUUGACUCGAAGGGUCUUGGACUGCGUGCACAGAAGAAACUGCUGGGAAAGAUGUCAAGUAAAAAAAUCGCAAAGGUUUUCAUCGACGAUACAACUGCAAGAGUGCUUGAUAAUGCUUAUCGUAUCUUGAAAGAUUACAUGCCAGCGAAAAAAGAUGCAGACAAAAUUCUCAAAUACGUGAUCAAAACAGUCGUCAAAAUCGGCAUUUUGUACCGAAAUGAUCAAUUUAAUGCAGACGAGUUGAAAAUUGCGGAGUCUUUCAAACAGAAGUUUCAUUCUGUAUCUAUGACAGUGGUGAGUUUUUACACUGUAGAUUUCACAUACGACAAGAACUUUCUGUCUCAUUCUGUUGAAGAGUGUCGUGAACUCCUGCAGCAGUUAGUCAAACGACAUCUCCAAGACAAGUCGAAAUCAAGGAUUGAUAUCAUAUUUGAAACAUUUAAUGAUCCUACUUUAAUGGAUAUAAUCUUCAAGCCAGACGGUAAAUACAAGGACAAUAUGGACAAAAUCACAACAGACAUGAGUACUUUAAUGGAUGAGGGCAAUUUGUGAACUGAUUGGAAUUUCUCCGAAAAUAUUGUAAUAGUUAGACAGUUUUCUGUUCAGUAUAUAAAGAAACUAUCGUGAGAGGGGCAUGCUUUCAGAUGCAUAUCACAUUAUCAGGGGUUUCAUUAAUUACAAAACUUGACAAUGGAAUUUGCAAAGUAGAAGCCAUGUCCAUGGGUCCUCCAGUAUAGAACUGCACUUGUCAUAGAAAAAGUAGCUGGGGCUUCAGGUCACACAUAACUGGGGAGAAUCCCCAUCCCUCGACCCUUGAUGAAACCAUGUUUCGAAACACGUACCAGUGCAGAGAAAAUAUCAGAAAUCGUACAGUUACUCUUGUAUUAAUAUUCAGAUUAAUGUAUAUAAAGUGAUCUGUCAAAUAAAGAUAAUUUUACAGCAGUUUUUUCUUGUGAAACUGAUGCAGAAGAGACCUUUUCUACAUAUUGUGAAAUUCUUAAUGUUCUUUGAGGAUUAAUUUUUGUAGAUUUUGUACUUGUGUCUCUCAGCAGAUUUGAACAUCAACAUCUUAUUCAUUUCAUCUUUAAAAUUUUAAAUCCACAAACAAAAAAUAUUCAAAUGAAAUACUAUAGCCGUUUUGGCCAAGACUGCCCACAAAUUAAGGGUUUUUUGAAGUAUUUUAUGUCUUUAGGAGCACUUUGGUUUAAUAUUUGAUGUAUUAUUACAAUGAUUACUUAAUCAAUAUCAAAAAAAAUUAAUAAAUUGCUGAGUCUGAAAGCAUGCUUCGUAACACAUUGGAUUUAGGUAGAAAUUCCUGAGAAAUAGUAAUCAAAAUGAAUUUGCUCAAAAUUAGAACUUUUAUGGCCUUUAGUGAAUAUGGUAACUGUGUUAUCAAUGCCAUAUAAGGACUGAAUAUAGUACAAACCAUGGCAUCAACACUUGAUUUGAACUAAUAUUAGUGCAAACCACACACAGUUGCAUGGAUCAAAUUAUGGGUACUUGUAGUUGCAUGGAUCAGAUUAUGGGUACUUGUAGUUGCAUGGAUCAGAUUAUGGGUACUUGUAGUUGCAUGGAUCAAAUUAUGGGUACUCAUAGUUGCAUGGAUCAAAUUAUGGGUACUCGUAGUUGCAUGGAUCAGAUUAUGGGUACUUGUAGUUGCAUGGAUCAGAUUAUGGGUACUCGUAGUUGCAUGGAUCAAAUUAUGAAAUAGCGUUGAGCAGGGAAACAGAGGUGCACCAGAAAAUAUUAUCAUAUAUUCAGCAGACUUUCCACUUAAUGUUAAUAAUAUGCCAUUCUAGCUUAAAAUUACUGCUCUUGUCACACCUUUCAGUGUAAUUGUUUGUGUUCCAUGGGCAACAUAACCAAUGCACGGCCCCAGAAUGCAUAAUUCAAUAAAGUUUGAAAGGAAAUAACAUCAUUGUCAUCAUUUAACUUUGAUAUUACUACACAUUUACCCAUUUAAUAAGCAUUUAACGAUGCACAGAUUUUUUCAGAUAUUAAAACACGAAUAAAAUUGUCCUAAAGUGACCACAUGGUGUUUUACAAGAUUUCAUUUUAUUUUUUGCAGGCUCUACUUAUAACAUAAAUUCUGAAAUUUCAUUUGGAUUUUCCGUCAUCAAGCUGCCUUUAUCUAGACAAACAAUAUAAUUAUAUUUAUCAUUAUCUGUUGUAUAAAUUUUGUAAGCAUGAGUGCAGAAAAGGUGGGGCAGUUAGGUCAAAUAGGGUUAUUCUUCCAAAUUACUUGCGGUGAUUUUUUUUUUACGUGUUACUGCUAUAUAUUUAUACAUUGUAUAACUGUAUGUAAGAUUUUUUUUUAAUUUGAACUGUAGGUUCAGUGUAUUUUUAACCAUGAAAUACGGUAACUUCCGAGGUGCUUGUUAUGACCAGUAUUGCAUUAAUUACUUAACCAGCAAUUGAUUCUGCCUUUGCGACCAGUGCAGACCAAGAUCAGCCUGCACAUCCAUGCAGGCUGAUCAUGGUCUGCACUGUUCGCGAUUCAUUCAGUAAAUUUUCAUUGAACACCCCUUCAAAUAGUAAAUGGUACUGCCCAGAUUGAAUGAUGGACCAGUCCAUUUUAGAAAUAUAGCAGGGUAAAGGUUAAAAGUACAAGGCCACAGUGCCUUUUAGACUGAAAAAUGUUUUGCAAAACAACUUGUGUUAGAUGGAGAGAACUAUUAAAGAACUAUUUAGGAAACCUCAGAUAAAACAGACCAUUUUCAUAUCCUGUCUGAGCUCUACUUUAUUUAUAGCAUGUCUGUAACAAACAUACUACGAUUAAUUAGUUCGCUGUUGUAAACAAAACAAAUGGUAAAAUGUUUUCAUCAUCUCUGUUAUUAUUAAUAAAAACGGUGUUAAAAUGGGAAAGAGGAAGACUUAACUGCCUUUGCAAAUGACUGUGAACUAUGCACAUUCCCAGCAAUAUAUGAGCCGCGCCAUGAGAAAACCAACAUAGUGGCUUUGCAACCAGCAUGGAUCCAAAUCAGCCUGCGCAUCAGUGCUGUCUGGUCAGGGUCCAUGCUGUUUGUAACAGGCUUUGAAAGUGAACAGCAUGGAUCCUGAUCAGACUGCACGGAUGCGCAGGCUGGUCUGGAUUCAUGCUGGUCGCAAAGCCACUAUGUUGGUUUUCUCAUGGCGCGACUCAUUUUUAUUCAUCGUUUUAUUUGUUCAUUGUAUCUGUAUGAAGUUGCCUGUAGUCAUCAACAUUUGGCUAAAAUUUUAAUGUUGUUGACCAUAUACCACCAAAUGCACGCACCCCAUUCUCUCCCAGGGUUUUGCAUUUUCAAAAGGGGCCUUUCUGUAAGUCAAUUUUUUAUCAUUUUCCAUUUCUGCUUUGUAAAUGAAUAUCAAAACUGUAAAUCUUUUUAUCAUGGUUGGCAUCAUGUUUGGUAUUUGGUACUGAUACUAAAAAUUACUUGCCACUUUAUGUAUAGUGCCAAAAAGGCGUCUGUGGACUACCCCUGCAAUUAAGUUCAUACUGUCAUUUGUAAAUGCACAUACAAAAAAUGAAUGUUUUGACAAACAUUAGGGUAUGGACUUUAUACUAAUGUUGAUGUAAACAUUUUUAUGCAUACUUUAUAUAAAUAGCCAUUUAACCCACCAGAAAAUGAGCAAUACUCAUGUGCAGUUUGAAUUUCAUAGUCAUUUGUUUUUUUCAAAAUAUAUAUUUGAGGCCAGAUGGAUGUACAUUUAUUUGCUUUUAAGAUACAUAUGCAAAAAAAAAGAUGCUGGCUACUAUAUUUUUACUUUUGUUUAGUUGCUUAGGUGGGGGGAAAUUUCGUCUGUUAUGUGUGGAAAAACCAAAGGAAAAGCUGAGAUGGGGGUCUGGUCUGCCUCAGCCAAAUUGAGCUGGGGAAAUGGAGGUAGAGGAGGAUUGUUUCUGUAUUCCAAACUCUACCCCACUUACCAUCACCCUUCCUGUUAACAGCAUAGUUAAAAGAUUUUUUUCUGUCCAAAAAACCAUGGUUAUGUUAUAUUUGUACUGUUCUCUACCAUGAUCAAUUAUAUUGUGAUGAUGCUUGUAACCAGUCUGUUAUUUACAUGUUGUAAUUAAUGUCAUAUUUUUUUCUAUAGCACUUUUAUGUUAUCUUUUCUUCACAUGCAAUAUCUGCGCUAGUGGUUUUAUAGGGUACAUACAGCUUGUUGAACAAAUAUACUUUGUCAUGUUAAUAUUUAGAAUUGACAUAUUUUUAUUGAUAUUUAAGUUUAUAGGAACUGUGGUGUGAAAAGUGUAUUUUUUUUAUUUAUUCUUUUUUUGCAGCUGAAUAUUCAGGGCUCAAAUUCAUCAAAGUUUUAAAAAAAGUCUGAAACUCGCACUUAAGAUUGAUAAAUAUUCAGUUAAUUGGCAAAUUUAUACUGAUGAAACUUUGCUGUUUUCUUUAGCUGCAGGAAGCACCCUCGUGUGAAGUUUUAUUAAGAUAAAUGCUGAUUUAAGAAUGACAGUACAAAGAGAAUAUUUAGCAUUUAAAAGUCCAAAUUUCAGACACAAGUUGUUGUUGAAUACAAUACUAUUUUUGCAAGUUCUGUAGUUUGAGUAAUUUUCACAUAAUUUUUGAAUAAUUGAUAGAAAACAGUCAUUUUUACAUUUUUAAGUUGCAAUGUGAAAAGCUGAACUAUUUUUAAAAAUGCUUGUAAGAUUUAAAUGUCAGUACAAGUAUUAGCAAAGAGUGAAAUUGUUUACAGUGAUUAAUCGAUGCAAAAAUGGCCUGUUGAUUAAUCAGUAUUAAAGAUCAUCAAUAUUAAUCAGUAACAGAAUAUCAUGAUUGUCAGUUAAUCAGUAUAAAAAUAGCCUGGUUGGUGAUUAAUCAGUAUAAAAAUUAGCGAUUAAUCAGUACAAAAAAGGUAUCAAAAAUAGCCUGAUUGUUGAUUAAUCGAUACAAAAAGGGGAUGAUUUUUGAUUAAUCAGUAUAAAAAUUUACUCAACUAAGUAAAGUAGAAAUCAUUUUCUAUGCACUAUAUUACAGAAGUACAACAAUGAUGCCACUGACAACAUAUUCGUUUAUGAUGACAUUUUUCUUUGAUGAUUACCUUAUGAUCAAUUCAUUCCUGUUUCUACUACUGCCUUGAUUAAUCAGGACACGAGUUUAGUUAGGGGGCAUGCUGUAUAACCAAACUCCUUUUGAUUGUGUUCAUCCACACCUGUUAACCAUGACAUAAUUUAUUUUUCUCUGGUCUUGUUGGUUCAUUAUUGUGUUUAUUGCGUAAUCAAGUAAUUUUAUGGACUUGAAAUUUUGUGGUUUUUGUCAUAUGAAUUCAUGGAUUUCAAAGUGUGAAGAUUACAUGAAAUAAAAAUUAUUUGACACAUUAAAGCCACAAAUAUUGGUUUCUCAUGAACAUUUAUGAUUUCAAAGUAUAGUUUGUUUUUUUUAAGUAACAAAUAUGUGAUUACUAUAUCUACAUUUGUUAUACAUGUUAUAUUAUGCAUAGUGUAUAUAUUAUCAGACUGACCGUGUAAGUACAUGUAUUUUUUUAUAGUAUAAAAAAUCCAAUUAGCAGUGUGACUGCUGAUAUUCGGUAUUUUGACAGAAAAAUGAUACUUCAUCAGAUAUUUUCACGAGACUAAAAUUUCGCUAUUUCUCAUAUUGGCAUUAGUUUAGGUAAUAUAUUUAUGAUACAGAUUGUCAGCUUGGAGAGUAAUAAUUUUUUCUUGUUAGUUUAAAGUGUGGCCAGAAUUUUCAUUUUUUUUUUCAGCAAAAUUUAAAUGAUCUCAAAAUAUAGUUUUCAUCUGGGACUAUUUUUCAAACAUUUGCAGGGAGCAUGUGAAAUACAAUGUUGACACUAUUAUUGGUCUCUUACAUUAAUUUUGCCUCCUCCUAAUUUUCAAAAAAAAAUGAGUAAAUAAAAAGUAAAAAAAUAAAUAAAAAAGAUGAAAACUGGUGUUGACUUUUUAAUCAUGAAAACUGCAAACCAUUGGACCUUUUGUAAAAUUAUAUGGUGUAAUUUCAUCUUGCAGUACACACAUAAUGCACUGAGUAAAGUACAAAGUGUUGUAUCUGUUUUGAAAUCAAGGUAGGACAGAACUGUCACCUUGAAUAUGUCACUAUUCCCUUCUUCACAAUGUAAUAUUUGAGAUUGUUCAUCUAGGGCUUCAUUUUUAUAAGGUUUUAUUAUUUCUAGAGAAUUAUUUUAUCUUACGUGUCAGUUGAGUAUAACUUUAUGCAUUGAGAUGAUAUAUUCAUCAUAUAUAAACAUGUGCGAGUGAACCUUAGCCCUUACCAUGCUUUGCCUUUGCGACCAGUGUAGAUCAUUAUCAAUCUGCACAUCCGUGCAGUCAGAUCAUGAUCUGCACUGUUCGCUAAUCAGCCAGUAUCUUUUUGGUAAGCACCCCUUUUAACAGUAAAUUGUACUGUCCAAAUUGGAAGAUUGACAAGUUCAUUGUAGAAAUUUAGCAUGGUAAGGGUUAGAAGUCCGUUUCUAGAUGAAAGAAAGUUUUUACCAAAGGCAACUUAUAUAUACAACAAAAGUUUCAGCAGAUUUAAGAGAAAUUUUCGUUUUUACUUUGAAAAUGCAAACGAGGCAGAUUUUGUAUCUCUUGAAAUAUGGUAAUGAUGUGAAUGCUAAGACUGUCUUUAGAAAUGUCAAACUUGAAACAUUAAAAGUAGAUAGUACAUGAUAUUUGCAUUAGUUAAGUAGAUUAAGUGAAUAUUCCAGUCAGAAUAGAUCUCAUGAUAUGUUGAUAAGGCAUAAAACAAUCUCAUGAUACAUUGAUAUUGUAUCAAAACAAUUGUUUUGGAGCACUUUAUGCUUCCAAAACUAUUUCCAUUGAUUUAAGAUAGGACUUCAAAGGAAAUAGGCGAAAUAUAAAGAAAAUUUAUGUCUUGUUUAUGAAUCUGAGAUUUUCACAAAUUGUUUGAGAUAACUUUUCGAUUGCAUAACUGAUCUGUUUUCAGUGGGUAGGAAUAGAAAGAUCUUAGGAUAGAAGUGUUAUUUUGACAGAAAAUUCUUGCUAACAUUCAUGAUAAACACAUAAUGGGGUACCACAAUUGCUACCUUGUCCUGUACUUCGUAAAAAUGGUUCAAGCAUGGUGUUGUAAUUAUUUUUUAUUAUUAAUUAGUGUGCAUACAAAGAGAAACUUUUAAUAGGUGCUUCUGUGUUAUUUUAUAGAAUAUUUAUCUAUAUACACCAUCUUAUUUUCACUCGUUAAGGUCUCUGUGAAGUUGUUUCAAUCUCUUAUGCAGUAGCCUCCCCUUACAGGAAAGAGAUUCAUUAAAGUAUUUUUAAGGGAGGUAAUUAAUCUAGGGAGUUCAAAAUUAUUUAACUGAACUUUGCUACGACAUAUUUCUGGAAUUACUCUCAACAUGAAAGGUGUAUGUUUCUAUUUGAUGUCAGGUUUAUAAGACACAAUUCAAAAAUUUUACACUGAUUCUGUCUGCUUAAAAUUUUGGUACACAAAAACAUACUACCUUAUUUCACUGUCAUGGGACUGCAAAAAAAUGUAUCAGACCAGAUAUACAAUACAGAGCAGUCUUAGAGCAGAGGAAAUUAUUUGACAUUUCAGAUCAUCAAUAAUGGGAUAAUGACCUGUCAGACCGGACACUUCUUGGACCUUAAUAAGUAUCUUACAAGACAAUUGUUCAUUACAUGUGCUCAGUAGGAAGUAGAUUGUGAGACUGUCUUUUUUCUUCCUUCUUUGUAGAGAGUACCUUAUACUUCUUUUUAAAGAGUAUUGUUAUCUUUAAUACUUACUUUUAGAUGACUGGCUUGAUAUAACAAUAAAUUUGAAAGUUUAAUGUUCUUUUGAACAUGUUUUCUCUGUGCUGAUAGUUUUGUUAUUGGUUGAAAGUUUGACCUAAAAUGUAUUUUAUUAAUAUUUUGUUUGUUAAAUUCAUAUUUCAUAUAUAUAUAUAUAUAUAAAUGUUACAUUUGGUGUGCAUGUGUGCUGUUUUCAGUAUAGAUUUUGCUACCAUAUUUACUAUCAUUUGUGAUAGUUAUGCAAAACUAUUUUCUCUAUACUUAAAUAUUAUGUUUUUGUCAGAAAAUUAGACAAAAUGAUGGAUAGAAAAGUUUUUGUAUAAAAGUUCUUAAGAAACUAAUGUGUGAUAAGUGAAAGGGUUCCUGUAAUAAUUGGUUAUAAAGUACAAAAUAAAUGACAUGAAAUAUUUGGUCACUUAAUUACAUAAACCAUCAAUAACUGUAAAAUCAGAUAUUUUACCUGACUUAAUGUUUGUUAUGUAUAAAAUUUGAAUUAAUUUGUGUAAUAGUGAUAUAUGUCAAACUUAACAAACAGACAUAAAAUGAUGAAGAUAGCAAUAAUAACAUAUUCACAAGUACUUAUUUUUGUGAAUACAGAUGCUGCAAAUAUAGUGAGAAAAAUUCCCAUGCCAAAAUUUCUGAUUUUACAGUAGUGUCAUGUAUAACAACAUAGAUAAAGCAUAUCAUUGCGGAAAGUUGGAUCGAUCAGUGUAAAGUGAUUUCGAGAAUAAUUGAAUUAUUCAUUAUCAUGGUAUUCGUUCAUCUUGAGAUACCCAUGAAUAUCAUGUUUCAUGACUAUACAUGGUUACAUGUAUAUUAGUGGAACAAGACAUUUACGAGUAUCUGACAUAGAUAUUCAGUGUAUUUUUAACUUUCUGAAACAGUUUAAAGGGACAUGUCUCUAAAUGAACACCAAAAUUUUAAUAAGCAACAUCCAACAUAUUCUGUCUUAAUUGUUUAAAAACAGUAUUCUUUAAGAAGCCAUUUUAUGAAUAGAAUAUAAAGAAUACUAUAUAUAUAUUUUUAUGACUUACACCUUUCAAUGAUUUUAUACAUGUUUGUUUAUACAUAAUUCCUGUCUGGAACUCACUGACUCACGAUAAGUUUUCUUGCUAUUGACAAUGACUUACAUGCGAAUACAACUUCAUUAUUUCAAAUAAACACGGAGCUAUGUCCCUUUAAGAAAAAAAUGUCUUUUUAAAAAAGAUGGCAGAGUGCCAGGUAUAGAGACAUGGAUAGCUUUGAUCUGCAUAACAAGUGUGCAUGCUACAGAAAUAUAUAUUGUACAUAUGUUAUUAUGUUUUUAUGUACUUUUAGCAAUAACCAAUAUGAACCAUGUAAGAAUCUAAUUAUUGGACAAUAAAGAGGUGCUAAUGUUG